AUGAAGUUUAACAAACAAAUCCUAGCUACUCGUUCUAUGCAACUGAAACGGAAGAAAAUUAAGAAGAGGAAACAAAAGAAGAAACCUCAGCAACCACUGCAGGAACUUCCAGAAGAACUCAUCCUCGAAAUUCUUCACAAGUUACCCGUCGAAUCUCUCUUAAAAUUCAGGCGUGCCUGUAAGAAUUGGAACACCCUAUUCAGAAACCCUAACUUUUCCGACAAUAACUCCAAUUUCCUUAUAAUAUACAAGGAAAAACUAUACUCAAUAGAUUAUGAUUCAUCGGCAUUGUUGUCAGAUAUUGAUAAUGCACCUAUUAAAGAAAUUCGUUAUCCAGUCUACUGUGUAGCAGAUAAAUUAAAAAUAUUGGGUUCUUGUAAUGGAUUGGUUUGCUCAAGACAUUGUGGUGGUGUAGUUUGGAACCCAACUACUAAUGAAUAUAAAGUAAUACCAGAAUCAUCAUUUGUACUACCAGUUAGAUUUUGGGCCAUGUCUUUUCCUGGAUACAUUAGCUUUGAGUAUGGGUUUGGUUAUGAUGCAUUAAAUCAAGAUUACGAGUAUGUAGAAAUCGUGGGUAGUUCAACUCGCAAGGAGUCUGAAAUCGAUGUCUAUUCGUUGAAAUCAGAUACUUGGAGACGAAUCCAGUAUACCCAGUACCUAGUUUCUAAUGGAUAUAGUGUAUCAGCACCCGGGGUGUUCUAUAAUGGCGCUCUUCAUUGGAUUGCCAAAUGCUAUUCAGGAAACAAACGCAAAGUUUUAAUUGCUUUGAAUGUUGGAAACGAGAGUGUUCAAGAGAUCCCACAACCAGAAAACUUGGGAGCUGGGAAAUUUGGUGCUUAUAGAUAUGUCAGUGUGCUGGAUAAUUGCCUAGGCAUGCUUUGUAGUAGUCAUGUGGAUAAGGAUUAUGGAGUGAGAGAAUCCUGGAAGAAACUUUAUACAAUCCCCACAGUCAUUGAUGUUAAGUCUGUCCGGUCAGUUCAGUACUUGAGGAAGAUGGAGUGUUUAAAAAACGGCGAGAUUCUACUAACAAUUAAACAACAUGAGGUUUCAAAUUUGGCUGGUGAGAAGGCUUUGGUUUUGUAUAACCCAAAGGAAAGAACAACUAGGAUUGUGAAGCAUAAUAAGAAUAAUGGUUUCCAAGUGGAGACUUAUGUGAAGAAUUUAGUUACACUCAACUCUGGUACAUAUUUGGGGGAUAAAAAGCAGGAAGAGAAAGAUAUGUGGAAAUCAAUGUUAUGCACUAUGGAUUGA